GUCUCUCUCUCUCUCUCUUACUUCUCUCCUUUUUUCUUUAUCGGCUAUUACUUUCUCAGCCAAAAAUUCAGUCUUUUUUUUAACAUAUAAAAUUCUUGAUCUUUAUUUGUGAAAAUUUUAAUGGCAAACUCUUCAAGCUUGGAAUUGACAAUAUCCAUGCCUGGCUUCUCUUCAUCUCCUCCUCUUUCUUCAUCUGUGAGGGAUUUGGACAUAAACCAAGUACCAUCCGGAGAAGGAGAAGAGGACUGGAUGACGGCAGGAAUGGAAGACGACGAGGAAAGCAGCAGCUUUAACGGAGGAGGGGGAGGGGGAGUCCAUCCUCGCAAGAAACUCCGUCUAACAAAGGAACAGUCUCGCCUUCUAGAAGAAAGUUUCAGGCAUAACCACACCUUAAACCCUAGACAAAAGGAAGCGUUAGCUGUGCAGUUGAAACUGAGGCCAAGGCAAGUGGAGGUAUGGUUUCAAAACCGUAGAGCCAGGAGCAAGUUGAAGCAGACAGAGAUGGAGUGCGAGUACUUGAAGAGAUGGUUCGGGUCGCUGACGGAGCAGAACCGGAGGCUACAUAGGGAGGUGGAGGAGCUGAGGGCCAUGAAGGUGGCCCCACCAACAGUGAUGUCUCCCCACAGUUGCCAGCCACUACCCGCGUCCGCACUCACAAUGUGCCCUCGCUGCGAGCGCGUGUCAUCAACUGCGGUGGACAAGGGCCCCACCAUGAUCAUUACCACCGGCGCCGCCACCCCCACAAUUACGGCCAACUUGCCGUCUAAAGUGCGUGCACCGACCCUCCCAUCGCGACAAUCUUCUGCCGCUUGUUAAUUACUCCGGAUUGGGCAAAGUACAAUUAAUUUUAAAUUAAUUAGAUUAGUGAAUUAAUGUUCAUACUGAUUUACAUAAAAAUGGACGUGGGGAUUGGUACUAUUCACGUAUCCAAUUUAUACUUUUAAUU